AUGCCGGGGCCCUUUUACGCCAGCUGGGUGCGGAUGGACGACGGAAAACCGCGACUCUUUGUUUUGUUUGUCUGCUCGGUAUCUCCAGUUGAGGAGCAGGAUGAUGGGGCGAGAAAGCGGAAGGAUAGCGCAGUUCCUCCCGUCGAUCACCGAGGAAGCAUUAUUAUGAACGGCAAAGGCUCGACGAGCCUUCGAGACGGCAGCGGGCACUGA